GCCAGUGCAGCGUCUACGUCUACGUCCUCAAAUAAGUUCCAGUCAGCUGAAUCUUAUCAAAGUCAGUCGGCUCUGCUCCAGCUUAUAUUUCUACUUUAACAAAAUGCAGAUUUUAUUUGUGAUGCUUGUUUCCUGUCACGUUGUUUCUUCAGUGAAGUACUCCCUGAAAUAUUUUCUUACCGCCACUGCUGGAAUCCCAGACUUUCCAGAGUUUGUGGGUGCUGCAACAGUAAAUGAAGUUCAGGUGGGUUAUUGUGACAGCAGCAUCCAGACAGCUGAACCCAAACAGGACUGGAUGCAGACACUGAUUAAGGAUGACCCCCAGCACCUGAAGUGGUAUUCUGAAAAGUGUCUUGGAAAUCAGCGAGUCUUCAGGGCCAACAUUGAUGGCUUGCGGCGUCGUUUAAACCAAACCAAAGGUAAGCAAGUCUUACAGAGGAUGAAUGGCUGCUCGUGGGAUGAUGAGACUGGAGAAAUCAAAGGGUUUAAUCAGUACGGCUACAACGGUGAAGACUUCAUAGCUUUGGACCUGCAGACACUGACGUGGGUUGCUCCUGUAACACAGGCUGUCAUCACUAAACUGAAAUGGGACACUGAGAAGGCCAGAUUAGACUACAAUAAAGAUUAUUACAUCCACAUGUGUCCUGAGUGGCUAAAGAAGUAUGUGCGCUAUGGGAAGAGCUUUCUGCAGAGAACAGAGCGUCCCUCAGUGUCUAUCCUCCAGAAGAGUCCCUCUCCUUUAGUCACCUGCCACGCCACAGGUUUCUACCCGGACACAGCUGACUUGUACUGGAGAAAAGAUGGAUAUGAGUUUCAUGAGGGUGUGGACAAAGGAGAAAUCCUCCCCAACCCUGAUGGGACCUUCCAGAUGAGUGCGGAGCUUAAUAUUUCAUUAAUUUCACCUGAAGAGUGGAGGAAGUAUGACUGUACGUUUCAGCUGUCUGGUGUAGAAGAAGAUGUAAUCACCAAACUGAAAGAAACGGUGAUCAGGACAAACUAUGUUCCACCUUCAACGUUUCCAGUCGGUCCUGUUGUUGGAGCUGUGGUGGUAUUACUUGUUCUCUUCCUGGUAGUUGCUGUUAUUCUCUUUUUAAAGAAAAAAAAUGUAUCGAUCAUCUGUGAUUCAGGGUUCCGGCUUGUAAGACAGUGAAGAUUAGAAGAAGAUGCUGAAUUCUCCUGAGUGGAGAGUCAGGAAAUCCACGUUGUUCCAAACACAUUUAUCUCUGACAGAGUUCAUGUUGGUAAAUGGGAUGUAGACACUCCACAGUUGGCUCAAGGCAAACAGUGCACAUGCAUAUAACAUGAAAAUAUCCUGUAUUGGGGAUAUAUCACCUCCUGCAAACAGACUGGCCGUCAGUGUCAGUCAAAGGGACUCUGACCUGUCGGCAUGGUGAUGAUGAAGACCUCGGAGUGCUCAGCCGCAGAGCUGCAGCUUGGUAGACAAAUACAGGCUUGUGUUAGAGUUCUUUAUGCUUACAGGGCUGGAUUUCUGUUUCUGCUAAAUAGUGUAUCUACUUAUACUGUAUCUUUAAGUAAAGAAAGUGUACAUGUUCAUUCUUUUUUCUCCUUCGUUUAAUAAAAUCAACAAAACUGCUCACACCAGAAGGAUGUAGCUCACUGACAGACAAACUAACAGCAGAUUGAAUUUUUGGAAUUAAUCACAAUUUACAAAAUUCUGCCAUUUCACUCUUUCCAAUGUAGCUUCAUUUUUCACUGCUGCACACACGAAAGCAAGUAAAGCUACAAACAGUUUGAACAUUACAGUGUUUGAACACGCUGUAUAAGUACAAAGAAAUACGUCACAAUGCUUACAUUUAAUGACCUAUCCUUUUAAAAAAACAAACAACUUGACUUUUUGUGCAGUUUUAACAAUAUUUUAUCCCAGUUACACAUUUACACACUUUUUUUUAAAUUUAGUUGCAUUUUGUUAAUAUUUCUACUAUAUAUAUUUAAUAUAGAAAAUGUAAUAUGUUUAUAUUUUAUAAAUAUAUGUAUAUUAUAUAUUAAAUAAAUCUGAUAUACAGUUUUAAUGAACUCUGCCAAUGUGUCCCUUUAUCUGAGAUUCUGUUUAUAACUAAUACAUUAUUUAUGGUGAGAAUCUCACUUUUGAAAGCCUAAAACCAGCAUGGUUUCAGCACAGGGUGGAGCAGGGGGUCCAGGGCAUUUUAGUAUAUGCACGAAGGGGGUCCCCGAGGAAAAAAAGUUGGGAACCACUGUGCUACAGCGCCUUCAGCUGGUAGUUGGUGUACCGAGAAAACCCAGAGCAUCACGCUGGACUGUCUGAUACCACAAGCUGGGCUAUGGAAGGGACUGCCUUCUCUGGACCUUGGACAGUAUUAAAUCUGACUUUUUAGUUUAGGUUUUUGACUAUUUAUGUUUUAAGGUGUCCACUCUUUAUCACAUUUUAAGUCUUAUUUUUUUUAAAAAAAUACAAAAAUAAAGAUAUUACUUUUAACAUUCA